AUGUCCGUGGACAGCUUAAUUACUAAACUAAAAGGGCUUACUACUGAAGACUUUGCUGUAUUGGACCAUCCCAAGGCCUUAAAUGGUUCCGCUUGGUCCGAAACAUUGUCUUCUUUGAACAAUGUCCCUGUUCACACUUUGACCAAGACUGUCGUCUUGAAGCCCAAAACCGCCAAGUCUCAGGCUGUCGUCCCUAUUCUUGUGGUCGCUUUAGAAUCCACUCCUACUCCUUCUGGUGCUGCUGCCAAGGCCGUUGGCGCCAAGGAAGCUCGUUUAGCUGCCGCUGAUUUAGUGGAAGAGGUUUUUGGCAUUCCUCCCGCGGACAUUGGUGUUUUUUCUGUAAAUGAACAAAAUGCCACCAAGGUUCACGUCGUUUUAGACAAGAACCUCAUCAAUCACGGAGGUCUUUUGGCUGUUCACCCUUCUUCUAGUGAAAAGACUCUUUUCGUUUCUGCCGCCGCUGUUGAAUCUUAUUUAAAAACCAUCGGCGCUACCCCGGUUGUUGUGGAUUUUUCCGCCCCUGCUAAACCCGCCGAACAAUCCAAGCCUGCUGCCACUCAAAAGAAGGCUGAUGUUUCCAAAAGUGAUGCCGCUAUCGAGAAUGCCGCUUUGAUUGGUAUCACUGUUCGCAAAGACGUCGAUUUCCCCAAUUGGUACCAACAAGUUUUAACCAAGAGUGACAUGAUUGAGUAUUAUGACAUUUCUGGUUGCUACAUUCUGAAGCCCUGGUCUUUCAGUAUCUGGGAAGCUAUUCAACAAUGGUUCGACAAGCAAAUUAAGAAACUUGGCGUUCGUAAUGGUUACUUUCCUCUUUUUGUUUCCUCAAAAGUUUUAGAGAAGGAGAAAGAUCAUGUAGAAGGUUUCGCUCCUGAGGUCGCUUGGGUUACCCGUGCUGGUAGCACCGAGUUGGAAGAGCCCAUUGCAAUUCGUCCUACCUCUGAAACUGUUAUGUAUCCCUACUACGCCAAAUGGAUUCGAAGCCACCGUGAUCUUCCUCUCCGUCUGAACCAAUGGAAUUCCGUCGUUCGUUGGGAAUUCAAGAACCCACAACCUUUCUUGAGAACCCGUGAGUUCCUUUGGCAAGAAGGUCAUACCGCCCACAUGACCUUGGACGCUGCCAACGAGGAAGUUUAUCAAAUUUUGGACUUGUAUGCUCGUGUUUACAGCGACUUGUUGGCUGUCCCUGUUGUCAGAGGUGUCAAGAGUGAAAACGAAAAGUUCGCUGGUGGUAUGUUUACCACUACUGUGGAAGGCUACAUUCCUACCACUGGUCGUGCUAUCCAAGGUGGUACUAGUCACGGUCUUGGUCAAAACUUUUCCAAGAUGUUCAACAUCGCCGUUGAGGAUCCUAAUGCUGAAGUUGGUACUACCGGAGAGCGUCCAAAACUUCAUGUUUGGCAAAACUCUUGGGGUCUUUCCACUCGUACCAUUGGUGUUGCUGUCAUGAUUCACGGUGAUGAUAAGGGUUUGAAAUUACCUCCUCCCGUUGCCUUGGUUCAAACCGUCGUUGUGCCUUGCGGUAUUACUAACAAGACCACUGAUGAAGAGCGAAAGAGCAUUGAAGGUUUCUGUUCACAACUCGCUUCCCGUCUCAUUGAUGCCGACAUUCGGGCCGAAGCUGAUUUACGUUCUUACACUCCUGGUUAUAAGUUUGCUCACUGGGAAAUGAAGGGUGUACCUCUUCGUCUCGAAUUUGGUCCUAAUGAUGCUAAGAAGAACCAAGUCACUGCUGUCCGUCGUGAUACUUUCGAAAAGAUUGCUGUUCCUUUGGACAAUUUGGAACAAAGAAUCUCUGACUUGUUGAAGACUAUCCACACUAGCAUGUAUGCGGCUGCUAAGAGAGAAUUCGAUUCUCACAUUGUCCGUGUUAAGAAAUGGGAAGAGUUCGUUCCUGCUUUGAACAAGAAGAAUCUCGUUCUCAUCCCUUGGUGUAACACUACUGAAUGUGAAAAGGAUAUUAAGAAAAACAGUGCUCGUCAAGCUAACGGUGACGAGCCUGAAGAUGAAAAGGCUCCUAGUAUGGGUGCUAAGAGUCUUUGCAUUCCUUUGGAGCAACCCGCUGGUGAAGACGCUAUUGUUCAAAAUGUUACAAAGUGUGCUGCCUGUGGUUCUCAUGCAAAGGUUUGGGGUCUCUUUGGUAGAAGCUAUUAA